AUGGACUGGAACAAAGAACCAGAUUUUCCCCAUGUGACUUCUGACUCUAGCACACCUGCUGCAACUACUGGUGAAUCAAAUGAUUUACCAUCUGCUGAUCUUCUGCUAGCACCUAAUGCCAUUCCCCCAGGGUCAAGUUCAGUUCACCAUGUGCCCCCUGUGCACAUGCCAGGGGGCCUGACUGAUGACAAUGAUGAUGACCAUGUGAUAUGCUGUGCUCUCAAUCUGCUGGAAGGUGAGAGAGAAAAGGCCUUGAAUGUACUGCUCAAAGCUCCCAGUCACUCAACCUUGAUGUGUCUCAAGAAAGCCUUGCUAGUGUUCUUGUGUUCCCUGAAACUUCCAGCUCCAUUUGUAUCUGGGAGGCUAUUAGAUGCAGAAGAGGCUUCUCUAGUUGCGCUUUGUGUUGCGAAGCUUGGCAGGAGUGAAGGUGCCCAUGAAACAAGUGAUCAUCCAUCUUAUGAUGGACUUUCUAAGCUCGAAUUGGCUCUGAAGUUGGAUGAUUGGUGGAAAAAGACAGGCAUUGUGGACAAUGGUAAUUUGGUGGAGACUCAUGCACUGAAGGCAAGCAAGUGCCAGCAACAAAGGAAAGCUAAGAAGACGAGAGUACUCAGUCAUACCACCCUAGCCUCCAUUUGGGAGCAUAUGGAUCGCUUGUCUCUCCCUUCCUGGAUUGCCCCUGUGCCAUGGGGAGUCAGGAUUAACCUCCUGUUCACCCUUGGACACCUCUGGGGGACAAAAGAUCCACAUUCUGUCGAGUACAAGAUGUUCGCCAACUUCAUGGACUUAGUCUCAGCAACCAGGUUAGCUAUGAUGCAUACCAUGAUGUCUGACCACAUAUCCAAGUACAAAUUCUACAUGAAGUGGUACUUGCAGACAUUACUGGACCUCUAUCCAGGUCUUUGCCUUGCACCUGCCCAUCACAUUUGCCUUCAUCUUGUAGAACUCCUUCAGGAUUUUGGUCCAGUUCAUGCCUGGAGGUGCUUUCCAUUUGAGAGGUAUAAUGGCAUGCUUCAGAAGAUCCCAACUAAUGGAAAACAUGGUGAAAUGGAGCAGACCAUGCUGCACCACUUCUGUAUGGGCCAACAUUUAUGGGCUUUGUUAUCUUCCAAGUCCAUGCCUCCUGAGGCAAUGAGUCUGCUUCUCGACUUCGAUCAUAUCUUUCAGACAAAUAUGCAGGGAACUUUGUUCAAUGAUAUGUUGUCAUUUGAUGGAUCACUGGAUGAAGUGGCACAGGGUGCAAAUGGCAGCGAAUUGGAUCUCAAACUGUUGCAUAAAGAUGACUACCACCUCCUCAAUGAAUGGCUCUUGAGACAUACAAGUGACUAUGAUGUGACUAAAGGUGUUAGGCCCUAUGCCUAUCCUCGCCAGUCCAUUAGUUGGCAUGGAGAGUCCUUUUCAGUGGAAUCCAAGUCCCCCCCAAACAGCUGCAUCAUCUUCCAGAUCGACGGUGGGCUUGCAGCAGGAAUAAUUCAGUGCAUUUUCUACCAUGCAAGAACGACAACUAGUGGGCAGAAGGCAGCACAGAUGUUCUUUAUUGUGGCUCGAUAUGCUGGAUUAUCAGAAGAGUUGGCACUUGCCAAUGUAUACAUGGCCUUCCCAGAUGCAGGAAUAUAUUGUGUCUCCACAAGUACUCUUCCCGAUGCAUUGCUGAUAACUAGCGCAGAUGUAGUGUGCUACUUCACAUCUGCCAUAAUACCCACAAAUGAAGUUGGGCAUGAUAUAUUGUAUGUACAAUCCUUGGAUAAGGUAGGCAUCACAUCUGUCCUGUUGGUCCUGUGA